UCAGACCAAUUCUUACAAAGUUUCAUCUCCAAUGUAACAUGUGGACACGGUGUUUCAGAGAACAACUUCGAAUAUCUCACUACCCUGUCUUUAUCAAUGGCUGUUCAUCUAGAGAGAUUUGUAUGCCCGCAUAAGAGUAUAAAGGAAUUUCACCAAGUCUAUCAUAUCUUAUACGGAAAUCCUGGAUCAUCAAAUAUAAGCCAAUUACUUGGAACUGUUCGACGUUUUUAUAGACCUGGAAUGUCUCCAAAACAAUCACAUAUGACGUACAAGAAUAGACUACAGUGCUUGCAUCCUGCAAUAAUUGAGGAACAUAUACACAGACUAAUUAACAGUCAUCAAAACAACAGGGAAAUGAUAAUAGAAGACAAACACGACGAUAUCAAGAUUAUACUCAAUGGUAAAAUCGUCUCCUUAGAGCCAUACAUGAACUUUCUCACAGUAAUAAUGAAGAAUCAUUCAUCUGUGGCUCAAAACCAGCCACGACUAAAUCGGCCUCCACGUCUUAAUGUCUUAAUAUCAUUCUAG